CAGGCAGAUGCCUUUUUUAAUCAACGCUGGAGCACAACUCUACAGGACUGUGGCUCUCCAGGACCUAUGUUGGCCACCUCGGUAUAAAAACAUAAAGGUUUUUGCAAAGCCAUUGAUCAAUAAAUGCCUAUAAAGGAUAUAAAAUGUUAAUAUUUAGCAUUACAGGUGCAAUGUGUCAUUACAGGAGUCCGUACAUAUCAACGGCUUAUAAAGAGCUGUUACUCCGUAUAAGGAAUGACCACCAUACUGAGAUCACGAUUAGUUGUGAGUUUGAGAAAUUUGAGAAAGUUAGCACAAACCUGCGAAUGUACCUUACAUUUUGCAGUAUUCCAGAGUAUAUAAAUUUGUUGCAAAUUGCAACUCAGUCUGCUUGUAAUAACUGCUGUGGUAGCUCCAGAGCUGGUGGGGGCAGUAGAGAGCCUAAUGCUAUCGGAUCAGUUGCUUAGAAAGACAAGCCAUGUAAUUAUUUAAUGCUCCUUUAAAAUACAAUUUUAAUGAACAGUCCAUCACAGGAGAGUAUUGUUUGUGAACUAUUCAUCAUCUUGGUGUCACCAAAGGUGUGCAGUCCUGCUCUUGGAGAUCCACCUUCCAACAGAGUUUAGCUCUAUGCCUAAUUAAAAACAGCUGAACCAGAUAAUCAAGAUCUUCAGGAUCACUAGAAGCUCCCAGGCAAUUGAGUUGUUGCUAAACUCUGCAGGAAAGUGGAGCAGGAUCUGGAGCAGGAUUGGACACCCCUGAACUUGUCGCUGAUUCCGAAAGAAGGAUCGGACACCUUUGGAAAUCUAGAAAUGUGGAGCUGCAUGGUUUACAAUGAGACGGACGACAGUGUGGACCUCCGGCUCUGCCAGGAUUUUGGACUCAUUCUGUCCGUCUUCUCUCUGGUGUACCUCAUCGUCUGCUUUCCAGUGGGGCUUUGCUACAAUGCCCUGCUGGUGGUGGUCAACCUUUCCAACAAGGUCACCAUGACAAUGCCUGACGUCUACUUUGUGAACAUAGCCAUUGCUGGCCUGGUGCUCAACUUGGUGGCUCCAGUAGAGCUGCUGGGGCCCAGUUUUACACGCUGGCCCAUGUGGGAGUACAACAACGAGCUCUACAUUACCCUUCUCAUUCUCUUCAACAUCUCCUCUCUGGUCAUCAUGUACUCCACGACCUUGCUCAGUCUGGACUAUUACAUUGAGCGGGCUCUCCCGCGCACCUACAUGUCCAGCGUCUACAACACCAAGCACGUCUGCGGCUUCAUCUGGGGUGGUGCCGUUCUCACCAGCUUCUCUUCUCUGCUCUUCUACGUAUGCAACCACGUCUCCACUAAGAUCAUCGAGUGUUCCAAGAUGCAGAACAAAGAGGCGGCUGAUGCCAUCAUGAUGUUCAUUGGGUACGUGGUGCCAGCGGUGGCUGUGCUUUACGCCUUCGUGCUGAUCCUCCGCAUCAGGAAGGAGUCCACCCCUUUGGACCAGGACUCUGGGAGGCUCGAUCCAUCCAUCCACAGGUUGCUGCUGGCCUCUGUGUGCAUGCAGUUUCUUCUAUGGACUCCAUACUACAUGACCUUACUUGUGCACACGGUAGCUGGAGCUCCUGGAACCCAUUCCAACAAGCAGCACCUCACCACAUACUUCUUCCUGAGAUGUUUAUCCGAGCUGCUCGCCUUCUGCAGUAGCUUCGCCAUUCCCCUCAUGUACAGGCAAAUGAACAAGAACUUUUCCCAUAAACUCCAGCGGCUUCUAAAGAGGCUGCACUGCGGGGACCAAUCGUGUCCUCACGAACGCUCAACAGUACAGCAGGUGGUCACAUGAGGGCUUGUGUCCAGUCAGACCUGCUUCUCCCUCACUGGCACUUACUCCGAAUUCACAGAAGUAGAGCCAGCACAUGAACCUGGAUAUAUAUUGCGUGCUGAAAGGAAGUAUUUUGCUCACCACAAGGAGUGGUAUGUGUCUCUGUGAAAGUGUGGAACCUCCGUAACACUUAACGACUUAACUUUAUUUGUCCAUUUCUAUGGUGAAUGGGCGACCAAGAAGAAACCACUAAGUGCUGUUUUUGUGUAAGCUAUGUCUAUUCUUUGGGUUCUUGGGCCUGGGGAAAAUCUCAACCCAUCUGAUGGUCCUUUCGGUGGAGGGGGGAAAUGUUGAACGUUUGUAAUCUGUUACAGGAUAUGUGGCAUAGCCUUCUAAUGUGAUGCUUUUAGACCAACCUAUUCCCUUUUAGCUCAAGGCUACAUUUCACACCAGGCUCUCUGUGUUGUGAUCCACAACAGCAUAAGCUCUUCAGUCUGGAUUGAGUUUUCUGGUCACACUUUCCAUAAAAACCUCUCUGGUAGAUGCUAGUAAACGCAAUAUAAUUACCUCAAUUUCACACACCAAUGGGCAUUACAUUGGAACGGUCUAACCAACUUUUACAACACUCAGAAAUAACUCAAUGAGACUGAUAUCAGGGAGCGGGAAAGAUUGUGUGUGUGGUUGCGUGCUGGUGGUUGUGAGUGUGUGUUCUCGAGUGCUUGCUGCUAAGGUGAUGUGCAUCAUAACUGCACAGUUGCUCAGCCAUGUUAAAUCCAAUCAAAAGUGUAUAGCUUAUUAAGACGAAGCUAUAGAAUGAUCUACUAGACAAUGGAUCACAGUUUUAAGGUCAACUAGUUAGAGAUUUAAUCUUUAUUCAAUACCUUUUAAAUCAUUAGUCUGUUACUACUGUAAUUAUUAUCCAUGCACCAUGAGGACGUGGUUAACAAUUCAUGCUUUGAGAUGUGAAUCCAAGUCGCACAAGUCCUUUUGAUACAAUCAAACAUUUGGUUUCACUUAAGAGAUCUAUGCAGUAGAUUAUUUGGUAAAACUGCUCAAAUUUGUACUGGAGCAAACAGUUGAUUUCUGAAAGUAUUGAUCGGACUUCAGUGCUUCUAAGCGAUGAAUCACAUCGGGAUAACAUUUCCUUUCUAAUGUGCAAAGAGAUAGCUUUUAUUGAGAUUAGUUGCAUGAUUGUAUUGUAUGCAUAUAUAGAGAGAUAUGCAUCAAUGCUCUCAGUCUGAGAGAAAAUUGUAGACAUUUCCAGAAAAUAAUACUCAGAGGCAGGAUGAGAAAUAGUACAGUUUAAGCCACUAAAUGGUUUGUUAUUAUCGAAAAUGUCUUUGCUCUUGUUUUUCUCGUGUCAGUGGAUGCAAAAUCAGUAUGUUUUGGAGAGAAAGCACUGUAUGUGAAUGGAAGAGUGAAUAAGUAUCAUUUGAAUCCACUUAUGCAAGGGAAAGAAUGUAUUUAAAGUCAUGAAGGGGAAUAAAAAUCAGUUAACCCUCAAUCAUAAACAAUGAAACAUCAAAUCACAAUGUUAUGGCUGUUGUUAGUGUGCUAAUGCCAGUAUGUGUCAUAUUGAGAAUGUGUAUAUAUUGUACUUCAGAGAUUUACUGGAAAAAA